AUGCAGUUGUCUACCCUCAUCGGCGCCUCUUUCCUGGCCAUGGCCUCGGCUCAAAACACCUCAUACCCCCCCAUCAACCUUGGAUACUUCUCAUACCCCCACGGAAACCAGUUCAUCGCCUGGUCUCCCUUCACCCCUACCCGAACCCAAGAGAUUGAGGAGGUUUGCGAUACCUACGGCGCCAUCAAGGGCACUGCCACCUGGACUUCCAUCCGCUCAUACAACACAUACGUCUUCGACCCGAUUUGCCGCAACCCUUUCAACAUCACCUCCGACGAGACCGGCGAGACAUACUACAACCUUGAGGUAGCAUGUGUGGACGACAACAUUGAGCUGCAAGGUCGUCCUGAGGUCACCGCUAUCGUCGACGUUGCCACGAACAAGACGGUCCAGACGUGCGUGCCCGCGGUCGUUGAGGGAGAGAACUACUCGUCAUGCUCCACCUACCGCGGCCAGGGAGUCCAAUUCAGCUUUGCUUGUUCGUCAUAA